CUCGAGGAGUAAAGUAGUGAUCUGACGCUUCGUAUAUUGUUUAAUUUUUUUUAAAGACGAUUACAAAUUUUUGCGUGAGUGAAGGCAAGAAUUCAUUAGUAAAAGAUUGAGCUAUUAUCAGCAUAAUGUUGGUUGGUUUGGACACGACAAUAGAUAUAGUAACCAAAUCUACAUCUGCAAAAGUAUUUCUUACAACACUGGGAUUACUUCUUAUUACCAAGCGUCCUGAUAUAGUAGACAAGGAGAAUCGUGUGCAAUCUGUACCGACGAUACAACUGUUAGCUGAAUAUGAUUAUGUGAUAAUUGGCGGAGGAUCUGCCGGUGCUGUGCUAGCUAACCGAUUGUCAGAGGAUAAGGAUCGUACCGUACUUUUACUCGAAGCCGGAGAUGAUGAAGAAGUCUUAUCUGAUGUGCCAAAUAAUUUUGGAAUUUUCUUUAACACAGCUUCCGAUUGGAAUUUUAAAACAGAAUCAUCGGCUAAUUAUUGCUUGGCCAUGAAUAAUCAUCAGUGCAAUUGGCCACUUGGGAAGGUACUAGGUGGUAGCAGCGUUCUAAAUGCAAUGUAUUACAUACGUGGUAAUAGAAGGGAUUACGAUUCUUGGGCGGCUCUAGGUAAUGCGGGAUGGGAUUAUAAGAGUCUCUUGCCGUAUUUUAAAAAAUCCGAAGAUGCUAGAGCUGAGGAACUUGUCGACUCACCUUAUCAUCAGGAGGGUGGAUACCUGACGAUAGAGCGUUUCAGAUACAAAUCUCCAAUCGAUGAUUAUAUUAUUCACUCCGGCGAAGAGCUGGGAUACAAAGUGCACGAUGUAAACGGCGAAAAUCAGACUGGUUUCACAUAUGCUUAUGGUACUUUAAGAGAUGGAUUACGGUGCAGCACUGCCAAAGCUUUUCUGCGACCUGUUUCGAAGAGAAAGAAUCUGCAUAUCAGCUUAAAAUCUUUCGUGGAAAAAAUAUUAGUGGAAGAAGAUGGCACGUCGAAGAUAGCUUACGGAGUACAGUUUCGUAAAGGUAGGAGAAGAGUAAUCGAGGCGAAACGAGAAAUAAUUCUUUCUGCUGGUGCGAUACAAUCGCCAAAACUACUGAUGCUUUCGGGAAUUGGGCCAAAAGAUCAUCUUGAAGAGAUGAAUAUACCUGUGGUACAUCAUGCACCUGGUGUAGGACAGAAUCUUCAAGAUCACGUGGGCAUGGCAGGAAUAACUUAUAUUGUCGAUCCUCCCCACAAAAUGAAUCGCACCGAACGGAAUAGAUUCACCAAAAAUCUUUCUAGGAUCGGUAAUUUGGAAAGCAUUCAAGAAUUGAUACAAAAUAAUUCUGGCCCACUCUAUUCGCAUAUGAUAAGCGGAGGAAUGGCGUUUAUCAAAACUAAAUAUGCAGACAAAAUGAUCGAUUAUCCAGACGUACAACUAUUUUUCUCAGGCGCUUCCGACUAUGGACUUUCCAUAGCAAAUGCACAUGAAAUUAAUUCAAAAAUUACCACUUCUAUGUACAAAAAUAUUACAAAAAAUGUUCAAGCUUUCGGAAUUUUGCCAUGUAUUCUGAGACCACGUAGCAGAGGCUUUAUCAAGUUAAAAUCGAGCAAUCCGAAAGAAGCUCCUACCAUAGUUCCAAAUUAUUUCGAAGAUCCUCAUGAUCUUCAAGUUUUAGUGGAGAGCAUGAGAUUCUUGCGGAAAAUGGUUCGCACUCGUCUCAUGCAAAACUUAAAUGCACGGCUUAAUCCCAACACGAUAUCAAAAUGUUCGCAAUUUGAUAUUUUAUCGGAUGAAUAUUGGGCUUGCUAUGCGCGUUAUUUCACAUCGACAAUUAAUCAUCCAGUUUCCACCUGUAAGAUGGGUCCCAUCAAUGACAGCCAUGCUGUUGUCGACGAUAGAUUAAGAGUCUACGGAGUUGCGAAUUUGCGUGUAAUUGAUGCGUCGAUCAUGCCGCACAUAAUUUCGGGAAACACGAAUGCACCGACAAUCAUGAUAGCAGAGAAAGGUGCUGAUAUGAUAAAACAAGAUUGGCUAUAAAUAUUUAGUUAAUGCUAAAUGUCAAAUUGUAUUAUAUAUGUGUAUAUCUUUGUUCUGCAUCGAAUACGAUUUUUAGCAUUAACUAAACAUUUGCAAUCAAAGAGUGAUUAGUUAGUGAAUUUUUAGUUAACGCUGAAAAUCGUGUUGGAUGGAGAG